AGUCAGACUGUUUAAUCAGGUCUAACCAGCAGACGGGCUGGAGAGGCUUCAUACUGCAGCCAAACAAAAACAGCCAGUCAGUUGCAAAGAUGAGCAACGUAACUUUUAAAGUGAAUGUGGAAAACUGGAUUGCAGAGAACCAGAAUGCUUUUCUGCCACCAGUGUGCAACAAGCUCAUGCACUUUUCCCAGCUACUUGUCAUGUUCGUUGGUGGUCCUAAUACCAGGAAGGACUAUCAUAUAGAGGAAGGGGAGGAGUUGUUCUACCAGCUGAAGGGGGACAUGUGUCUGAAGGUGAUUGAAAAUGGCAAACACAAGGAUGUGCACAUCAAGGAGGGAGAGAUGUUCCUGCUGCCAGCUCGGAUCCCCCACUCCCCCCAGAGACAGGCCAACACUGUGGGACUGGUGGUGGAGAGGAGACGGCUGCUGACCGAGACUGACUGCCUGAGGUACUAUGUAGAUAACACCACUAACGUCCUGUUCGAGAGGUGGUUUUACUGCCAGGACCUCGGAACACAACUUGUGCCAAUAAUCAAAGAGUUCAUGUCGUCAAAGCAGUGCAAGACAGGAAAGCCAGAUCCAGGUGAAGUCUUCAGAGACCCACCGUUCCAGUUUAACACCAUGAACGUGAUGUCCCCCUUCUCCUUCAAAGACUGGAUGAACAAACAGAAGCCGGCCCUGGCCAGCGGGGGGCCCAUCGACAUGUUCGGAGCUCAGUUUGAGACAGAGGUGAUGUUGUUUGGACCUGGACAGAUGGAGACAUCAGUACAGCAAAGUGAUGUGUGGAUCUGGCAGAUGGAGGGCUCCUCCAGAGUAACUAUGAAUCAGCAGGAGUUCACUCUCUCUGCAGGAGACAGCUUGCUAAUUCCAGAACAGUCCCAAUACCAGUGGCAGAGAGACGAUGGGACUGUUGCCCUCGCUGUGGUCCAAAACCCUGAGAGGAUGAGACCCUGAGCGUCAUGUGCCAAGUCACACACGUUAAAUAUGCAGUAUUCAUUACGGGCAGGGAGGAGGACUCAGUGUGUAGAAAUUAAAAAAGGAGGUAGAGAAAUGUAGUAACAGUAAUGUAAUGUAAUGUAAUGUCCUUGGACAAGACACUGUGUCUGUGUGAGCAUAAAAGGUCAAAAGCUCUUUAUGCAUUAAGUGCCUUUAAUUCACCAUGUCUUUAACCUAUGAGAGAAAUGAAGUAAAUACUUAAAUAUUCGCGAUAA